AUGGAAAAUAUGAAUCUCAAGACGAUGCUGUCAGCCCUCCAAGAGGAGUUGGAGGAGAGAAGGGCGGCUGUGGAGGCUGCCUCGAAGCGUUUGGAGCAGGUUGAAAAUGAGAGAAGUGCUCUGCAAAGCCAGCUGGAGGAUUCGGCAGCAAGGUUAGUGCAAGCCGAGGAGCAGAGUGGCGCCUUA